UCCUGAGACUGUGAGCGACCUCCGAAGUCCUGUCUGAGCGAAUAAUCGACAUGCUCCCUGUAACUCGCUGCUGCCUGAGAUUGCAGGCCGUGUCCUCAGCUCUGCGUCGAUUUGAGAUAUCCACGGUCAGGUUGUUAAGAACCACCAGUGAGCUGAAGAAUCAGGCGCUACCCUCUCCAUCUCUGGACAAUGCACCCAAGGAAUAUCCACCUAAAAUCCAUAAUCUGGUUGACCAAAUUGCCAGCCUUACUCUGCUGGAAGUUUCUGAGUUCAAUGAGUUACUUCGGAAAACCCUGAAGAUUCAGGAUGUUGGGAUGAUGCCAAUGGGUUCAAUGUUAUCUGGAGCAACAGCGGCACCUUCUCAGGCUGCAGAAGAGGCAGAAGCUCCAGGGAAGAAGGAGAAGACACAUUUCACAGUAAAAUUGACAGAAGUAAAUGCUACAGAUAAAGUCAAACUAAUCAAAGAAGUGAAGAACUGUAUUCAAGGACUGAACCUGGUACAGGCCAAGAAGCUCGUAGAGGCUCUCCCCCAAGAGAUAAAAGCGAAUGUUUCCAAAGAUGAAGCAGAAAAGAUAAAAGCUGCCCUGGAGGCAGCAGGAGGGAAGGUUGCACUGGAGUAAAUCAUUUGGACUCUUAAAGACUAAAGACUAGCAAGGAGGUCACUGGUACUCUGGACAAGGUCCCCCCAGCACCCUGGCAGGAGAACUUGUAUAAGGUCACUUGAUGGCAAAAUAAGAAAACCUGUUUAUUUCUCACUUGCAGUCAGAUGGGAGUGGAGAUAUCUAAGAUAUAUAUAUAUUCAGCUAUAUCUCUGUCGAAGCGUAUCCCCGGAGUUGCAUCAAUGUUGGGCAUCAUAGAUUUUUUUUUUCUCCUCCCUAGCAAGGUCUUUGACCUUUAAAGCACUUCAAUUUGUUUACCAUCUACUGCUUAACAGUGCAUUAUCUAAUCUUGUUUUAUACAUUAAACUCUCACCC